AUGGCGACGACUGGAGAGAAGCAAGUGAUGGUGAUUGGGGCCGACGAGAGCGAGCAGAGCACUUACGCGCUGGAAUGGACUCUGGACCACUUCUUCGCACCCUUCGGUCCCACGUCUCCGUUCAAGCUCGUCAUCGUCCACGCCAAGUCCAUGCCUUCCGCCGUCGUUGGCCUCGCCGGCCCUGGAGCGGCGGAGGUUUUGCCAAUUGUGGAUGCUGAUUUGAAGAGGAUGGCUGCCCGCGUUGCUGACAAGGCUAAGCAACUUUGCGCUACCAAAUCGGUGACUGAUGUCACUGUGGAGUUGGUGGAAGGAGAUGCUAGGAAUGUUCUCUGUGACGCUGUUGAAAGGCACCAUGCAUCCGUCUUGGUUGUCGGUAGUCAUGGCUACGGAGCCAUAAAAAGGGCGGUUCUUGGAAGCGUAAGUGACUAUUGUGCUCAUCACGCUCACUGCAGCGUGAUGAUUGUGAAGAAGCCUAAAACAAAACAUUGA